GCGAACCAUCGCGUCGCGUCGGGAUUCCUGAGGAUUACCCGGCGUGCCCCGCGGGAAAGAUGGCGCUGAACGGGAGAAGGUGGAGAUAAACUUUAUCUGAAAUCUGGAAGAGCUGAUAUCCACACCUGCGAUCCCCGGUAACACUUCAACACCUCAACGAGAGAUACCGGCGAGAGGACGCGGGAUCGGCGAUCGCUCGUGAGGAGCGGAGAUUUUUCAGCGGCCGUUAGCAAGUGUGUGUGUGUGUGUUAGCCAGCGAGGAGAAGAAGAAGGAAAAGCGGGCAAAGUUUAUUCAGUUUGAGCAAAAAGUCUUGACUGAUCUACACUAAACUCUGGGGUUAACUGCGGAAAAUCACCAGUGGCAGGUCAUUGAUAGCCCUGAGGUUCACAUGCUGAACGGGGGAGGAGGAGGAGCGGGAGGAAGAGGAGCGAGACGAGAGCUAGAUUGAGUUUCCUUGGCGACCGGUGGACCCACUUGGGGCGAUGACUCUGGAGAAUGCAACACGCACACUUGAGAGACGCUCUGGGCCUGAGAUCCUGUGAAUGAGGACACCAUUGAAUGAAACCAACUCCAGUUUCGGGACUAACGGACGGUGUAUGGAAACACACUGAUCUACCAGAAUGACGAGUGCUGCUCCCGCCCGGAAACCGUACCGAAAGGCACCUCCGCAGCACCGCGAGACUCGCCACACUGUUCCAGUAUUUCGAGAAGAUGUCAGUGGGAGUGCCUUGCCAUCCGGCAGCCCUGCGUCGUCAGCCCAGCCUGACCCCUGCCAGGAGUCCUUAUCAGAUGCCGACAGGAUCAAGCUCCUGCAGCAGCAGAAUGAAGACAUCCGGCGCCGGCUGUCCCAGACCACUCAUAAGAUGGAGGCCAUGGAGACGGAGUUUGAAACCAGUCGACAUUACAUGCAGGCCGAGCUGGGUCGAACCAGAGACGACCUGGAGAAAAUGAGAGACAAGUUCAGAAGACUGCAGAACAGCUACACGGCGUCUCAGAGAGCAAACCAAGACCUGGAGGAGAAACUUCACGCCCUGGCUGCCAUCAGUCAAACUUGGGUCUAUGCACUCCGUAAAGUGGAAAGAGACAAGAAAACCAUGGAUCAAGAGAUAGUGGAGCUCACAAAUAAACUCGUGGACGCCAAAAAUACUAUCGACAAGCUGGAGGAACUGAACGAACGCUAUCGGCAGGAUUGUAAUUUGGCCGUCCAGCUGUUGAAGUGCAAUAAAUCGCAUUUCAGGAACCACAAGUUUGCUGAUAUGCCGAAAAGUUUAAGAGAGGAUGUUCGAUGUCCCUUGUGCCCAGCUCGGAUGGCAUAUAUUAGCCAGCACCUGAGGGGCGUCCACGCCAUGCUCAACUUCGAGCAGAGGGGCAUAAUAGUUCAAUAUGCCCGCCGCAGAGUAAAGCUGAUGGACUUGGCUUGUUUGCUCUGCGGCAAGGUCGUCAGGUACCCGGAGAAACAUCUCCUCAAGGGUCACCGGGACCUGACGACCAGCUCGAGGUUGAGGGUGGUGAGGGCGUUGGAGAAGUCGGUGACCGUGGGGAAGCUUCAGGCGCUGCGGCUGAGCAACCCAGCCGUCCCCAUGGUCCCCGACUUCUCCCAGGCCGAUGGCUCCCCGGCCGAGGCCCGGUCCCCGGCCGAGGCCCGGUCCCGAUCCAGGUCCCCGGCCGAGGCCCGGUCCCUGGAGCCGACGCUGCCUCAGGUGCCGCCACCCGAGUCUGGGCACAACGAUGACAUGCAGGAGCUACUCGAUGAGCUCGUUUCUAACGUGUAUCCUGUGCCAGCGCUGUGGACCCCCGACGACCUGGAGGCCGCCUUCACAGAACAAAACACUCCCAGGGCUGAGCUGACCGCCGUCGGGGCCACAGCGCUGGCACAGCAGAGGGAGUGCGUGGCGAUGGAAGAACUGCUCCCCGAUUUUCUGUUGAGUUUUGAUUAUUUUUGA